AUGAAGCUAUCUUUUGCAGGGUUUCGAAGUUCGUUGCCAUUUUCAGGGCUAAUUAGGCAGCUUGAAAAUGAUGUAGAAACUGUUAUUAAGGUGUUACAGCCUGGACCUUUAGGAAUCACAGAGCAUAAGUUUUCUACCGAUGAGAUUCGUAGUGCGAAUGCUGCGGUCGCUAAAGCAGUAGCUAAUUGGCGAAGAAAUGCAAUCCUUGAGGACAAUAGUCAUGUUUUGAAAGACUAUAUUAAAAAGUGA